AGGCUCCUUCUCGUCGACGAUGGGCGGUAGGCAUACCUGCUCGUCAGACAAGUUAGGAACCUCUUCGAAGUUAUCGAGAAUAAAGGACCCUACCGGCCGCCGUCGACGGGAAGGAGUCUGAGGCCUCAAGUCGGUAAGGUUCGGUAGCCCCCAGCAUUGUUCCGUUGGCCGAUUCUGAACGAGACUGUAAAAUGAAUUCUUCGAGAACGAGGAACGCUAACCAUUCGGCCUCCUUCGCCUUGGCACGCUGACUGAGACCACUGAUACGAUGCGUCGUGUCGCGUCGAACGAUUUGUGAAACCCGUAUAUAUUCACUGAUCUUCAGCCGAUCGAGUUCCAUGCCUCUUCGAAAACUCUGCCUUACCUUCCACGAUCAUGGGAAAAGCCCUAGAUAGCUCGGGACUGUGCACUCCAUCUGAACCUAUUCCUGUUUCAGAUAAACAGCAGGGGUACGAUGUCGAUUUGACUGUCCAGCCUCCAAGCGCAUUCAAAGCCAUUGCUUUGACAUCCGUGUGCACUUUAUCAAUGUUGAUAGUGUCUGUCACUACAUCGUCUUCCCAGAUUUCUCUUCCGGUUGUAGGAGCAGAGCUCGGCAUUCGUGAGGACCAACUGCAAUGGAUUCUCUCUGCAUAUGCCUUGAGUUCGGGAUGUCUGCUAAUUCCGUUUGGACGUCUUGCGGAUCUUUAUGGUAGACGUAUGAUCUUCCUCGUUGGUUGCGUAUUUCAGGGCGCGUUUGCAUUGGGUUGUGGUUUUGCAAAUGACCUCGUGACAAUCAGCGUUCUACGAGGCUUCCAAGGUCUUGGUGCUGCCGCCACGAUACCUGCUUCCCUUGGCAUUCUAGCUCAUGCUUUCCCUCCCGGAAAUGCGCGAUCCCUCGCUUUCGCUACGUUCUCUGCCGGUCAACCUCUCGGAGCCGGGUUGGGUUUCGCUAUUGGUGGUCUCCUCACUGAGUUCGCCCGUGCGACAUGGCGUUCCAUGUACUUCGUCGUCGCCGGACUAUCAGUGAUCUGCAUCGUCGGCGCCGUCCUUUUGGUCGAGCGUGAUCAUCCCUCUACCGAGCAAGAUAAGCGGGUGGACUGGUUGGGAGUUGUUCUCGUCACCGUCGGAUUGACACUUGUUGUCUUCGUGCUCAGCGAUGGUGAAAUUGCCCCGAGACAGUGGUCGACAUCUUAUAUCAUAGCCCUUCUGGUUGUGGGCGUAAUCUUGACCGUUGCAUUCUUCGUCUGGCAAUGGUACCUUGAACGCCCUAGCGUGCGACAGAGGCAUUCCAGAUGGACUCCACCGCCGCUUAUGAAAAUUUCUCUGUGGUGUCGAGGGAAUGGCAGAUUUGCUGCCAUGCAAUGCAUUGUCUUCUUCCUCAUGUGUGCUUUCCAGAGUUGGACGAUGUGGGCUGUGUUGUACUAUGAGAGCUACCAGCACUACUCGCCCGUUCUGGCUAUGAUCCGUAUGCUUCCUAUGAUUCCAGCUGGAAUUUUGUGCAACGUUUUUAUCGGCCUGUUGGUAGGGAAGAUCCCUGGCGUCAUCAUCAUUGCUAUUGGUUGCUUGUGUACCGGUAUCGCAGGGUUGCUCUUCGCUGUCAUUAAUCCAGCUGCAACGUACUGGGCAUUUGGCUUCCCCGCAGCUGUCCUCACCGUUAUCGGCGCUGAUUUCGUCUUCGCCGGAGGUAGUCUAUUCAUAGCCAAGCUCGCUUUCCCGCAUGAGCAGAGUCUCGCUGGAGGCCUGUUUCAAACCAUGGCUCAGCUCGGCACUGCGUUCGGGUUGUCGAUCACAACAAUUGUCUUUGACCGUGUCAGGGCUCGGGAGUCCCUGAUUUACGGUGUUGUUAUCGACAGUGAGGGGUCCAAUGCUCCUCGCGAAGCACAAUUACAUGCGUAUCAAGCGGCUCAAUGGACAGUCUUAGGGUUUGGUGCCUUAGCGAGUCUCAUUGCUGUCGUAUUCUUGAGAGGGGUUGGCGUCGUUGGAGGGCCUCAUAAGCCAAAUCCAUCCGAAGAUGAUAAGAGCGAGAAUGAGAAGACCAUGACGACAGCUGUAGAAGUAUGAUAAGCUGAGUUCCCUUUUUUUAGGCACAAGUUGCCAGUAAUGGGUCUUAGAAGUUUGACUUCACAACGAUUUUCACGACUUUGCAUCAUCAUGCUAGACUCGUACACUUUCAUAUAGACGACUUUAACUAGAUAUCAUAUUACUUGAGUGUUUAUGAACCCUUUC